CUAUGGCAGACUACCAGGGAGGAGCUGGAAAGCGCUCAAAACGAAUAUUUAUUAACAAAGUAGAUUCGUAUUCAUCAAAGUACAUCGCAAAGUUUCUAUCGACCUGUGUCGCUGGCGAGUCUUUUGAAGACAACGACGAGGAAGAGGAUGAAGCCAGUCCCUCUCAGGAUAAAGAGAGCCCAUUGUUACAAGAACAAACCUUUCAGAUUGUUGGGACUGUCGCGAACACAGACGGAGAAAAACAAAGUUUUAUAGUUGAAGAAUAUUCUUCAGAUAAGAAAGAUGAACUUUAUCAACGACUGACGGACUGUGAUGUUAUAGUGUAUAACAUUACAGAGGAUGUUAAUGAACUAAAUGAGGCAACAUGGGCUAUCACAGCCCUUCAUGGUUACAUUGAGCAUUUCGGAGCCCCAAAGAUCUUUAUUCUGGUGACACCACUGAUGACAUGGGCCUUGACCAAACCUCCAGAUCCGAGUGACACUGACCUUACGCUAACAGAGGAUGAUUUCAGGAGACGAAAGCCACAUGCAAACUACAAAGAACUUUCCAUUCUUGAGAAAACUGUGCUCAGGUUGGGUAAGACUAGAAAAUCAAGACUGUCCACAUAUGUGGUGACAUCAGGGCUGCAGUACGGCAUGGGAGAGGGAAUUUUCCACCCCUUUUUCAAGAUGGCGUGGCUUGGACAAGUGGACAAAAUUCCCAUUUAUGGGAAUGGCAGAAACUUUGUCCCCACCAUUCACAUCAAUGACCUAGCAAGGGUGAUUCAAAAUAUCGUUGAUAACAAGCCAAAAGAAAAUUUAUUUUUUGCUGUGGACAAUUCAAAGAAUACAUUGGAGGAUAUAAUAAAGGCAAUCAGCCUCAGCCUUGGCACAGGGGAAACUGACAUGGUUUCAAAGGAAGAAGCCCUACAAGCAAAGGUGUUAACGCCAGCAGAGCUUGAAUACUUAAGCAUCAAUCUCCAGGUUGAGGCCUCCACUGUGAAGAACACUCUCAAUGUGCAGUGGGUUUGCGAAAAUGGAUUUGUGGAGAACAUACAUCACGCCAUUAAAGAGUACAAGCAUACCAGACAGUUACUGCCAAUCAAAAUGUGCCUUCUUGGGCCGUCUGCUGUUGGGAAAAGCACUGUGGCCAAAAAACUGAGCAUAUUUUACAAAAUACAUCACAUCGACGUCAAGGCCAUAUGUGAUGAGAAGAUUCCAUCUUUGAGUCCUGUGGAGGAUCAUGAAACUGACGACACAGCGAACGCAGCUGGAGGAUUGGAGGAACAAACUCUGUUUAGGCUUAUCAGAAAUGAGUUGAAUUCCAUGCCUUGUCAAAACCACGGGUUUGUCCUAGAUGGCUUCCCCAAGACUUAUUCAGAGGCUAAAGAAUUUUUCUAUGAUGAAAGUCUUGGAUAUGAGGACCAAAGAUCAGGAAUGCAUAUGUUCAAGGCAGACAUUAUGCCAGAAUAUAUUUUCUCCCUUGAUGCCACUGAUGAGUUUCUGAAGGAGCGAGUCCUUAAGCUCCCAGAGAGCACUGCAGUGAAUAUGGGCUACACUCAAGAGAAGUUCCUCUCCGACCUGGUGGCGUUCAGAGCGGCCAACGUUGAGGAUCAGACAGUGCUCAACUACUUUGAUGAGCUGGAAAUCCACCCGGAACUCAUAGAAAUCAGUGAUGCAGAGGAUCUUGACAACCUUGCCAUUUUUGAACAAAUCGUUGCCCAAAUUGGGGAACCCAAGAACUAUGGGGAGCACAAGGCUGCAGAGCACAAAGCUAACCCCCUAAGGCCGGAGCUGCUCGAGCAGGAGGCAGCCGAGAGGAAGCGCAUGGAGGCAGAGGAGGACGUCAGGAUAGCCAUCGAGCUGGAGAAGUGGAAACAUCACGUGACUGAGGUGAAAAAGCAGGAGCACGAGCUGCUUGAAGCACGCUCCUUUCCUCUGCGGAACUACCUGAUGAAGUAUGUCAUGCCCACAGUCUCCCAGGGAUUGCUGGAGAGUUGCAGAGCCAAGGCAGAUGAUCCAGUGGACUUUCUGGUAUUUUUUCCCCCCCAUAUGCUGUUUUCUGGAUUGUAUAUGUUUCUGUGUGAUUCCUGAUUCUAUAUGUUAUAUUGUGAAUUUGUGUUACAGGCGGAAUACCUCUUGAGGAACAAUAUGGAAGAUCACUGAUCCAUGAUCGCCAUUAGAUUUCGGAUUGUAGGACUUGAUGAAAGUGUUUCACUAAUGUGUGCAAUGUUUGUUUCUGUUGAAUAAAUGUCCUUUAUUUCUUCCAA